UUUUAUGAGCUAGUUGUUUGUGGUGAAGGGAGAAAGGACAAGCUGCAGGCUAUUUAAGAACCUUUCCAAAUGAAAUUCAAUGGGAUCAAGGGAGACCAUGUCUUCAUCCAUAGGAUCCCAAGUUCCGGGAUUGAUCAAAACUUCACUUCUUCCUGGACUGCUCAUUUCUUUGGCAUGAAUAUGAGCCGAACUUCCUUUUGAGGAUUUUUAUGCGCACGCAGGAUGCCACUUAAAAGGAAACUGACUUGAAAUCGACUGAGCAACCCACGAAAUCUUGAGACAUAACAAUUCGUGAUCCGCAUGGUAGAGGUUGAAGCGGGGUUAGGUUAGAAAGAAAACAGUCUAAGCUUGAAGAAGAGAUAUUACUGGCCGCAUUUAAAUGUGAAGUAAGGAGUUUUCAACUCAAGCUAAGCUCAAGGGACAGCCUUUUCUUGGUGAAGAAUCAAAUGGUGGUGCAGAAAUUUUUGGUGCGAAGAGUCCAGCUGAAUCGGGCACCAAUACUAUGAAAAGAGAACAAGUUGACCAAGAAAAUUCUAACAAGGUGGCCGAAAUGGGAAAUAACCUUGAACCAGAAAGCAAGGUCUCUAAAAAGGGCGUUAAAGUUAUGGCGGUAGAUGCAUCUACAAGCUCAGCUGGGUCUGAUCCCUUAACCAAUCAGCAGCUUCCAGAAAGUUGGGGUAGAAAUAAGAUCGGCUCAAGAAAAUCCAAGAAAAGAAAGGAGUCAGGCACACCAUUACGGAUUUCAAGAAGGCUUGCAGGUUCUGAACCUGAGAUGCAACUGAACUUGGAUUUGAACGAACAUUCGCUAAGAGGGUACACUGCUAAAGAAGUCAAUGCUUCUCCAACUGUUCCACAUGAGGCUUCAGAUAUUCCUAAGACAUCAAAUAUCCAGCUAGCAAAAGAGGUGGUAGAGAAAGCAGAUAUAGGUGGUGAGGAAACUUGUCAAGAUGUUAAUCGACCAAAAGAAGUUGAAAAGCCUCCUCUUACAGAGGGCUCAACUGUUCCAGAAGAGCAGUCAGGUGCGACAGCGACAGCUAGUACGAAUCCAUUAUGGAUUUCAAGAAGGCUUGCAGGUUCUGAACCUGAGAUGCAACUGAACUUGGAUUUGAACGAACCUUCGCUAAGAGGGUCCACUGCUAAAGAAGUCGAUGCUUCUUCAAUUGUUCCACAUGAGGCUUCAGAUAUUCCUAAGACAUCAAAUAUCCAGCCAGCGACAGAGGUGGUAGAUAAAGCUGAUUUAGGCGGUGAGGAAACUUGUCAAGAUGUUAAUAACCUGAAAGAAGUCGAAAAGCCUCCUCUUACAGAGGGCUCAACUGUUCCAGAAGAGCAGUCAGGCGCGACAGCGAUAGCUAGUACGAAUCCACUCGUUGAUGGUCAACAAUCACAUGCAUCACAGCUUAGCUAUGAUUUUGGGGACUCUUGGACUGAUCCGUUGGAAUUCGCCUUAAAGACUCUCAAUGGGGAGUUACCAAUUGAAGAUACCCUGACAUUUCCGAGUUGCUUCAGGGAGCCGCUUGACACCACUUUCAGCCAGAUUGAUGGAUGCUUGAAGCAAUCGCAGUUUGAUGUUCCCGUCAACUUCCAAAGCGAAUUUCCGUGCCAAUCUGAAUCUUCAAAGAAACAAAAUGCUGUUGAUCCGGCGCCAGCCACUGCACCAUCUUCAUUCUCUGCCCUUAGCUUCAGUUGUAGCAGUGACUUCAACUUGCAGCCGAGUGCAGGGGUCAGGAAGAAGGAUUUGCAGACCAAAUUUAACCCUUAGAAGAAACAGCAAGCUGGACCAAAGGUUAGAUUUUAAAAAAAUUGCUAAAACAUUUGUGGGUCUAAGCAGAAGGUUAGGUGUUGAAUUUUUUGGACUAGUGCUUUUGCUUACGGCUAGGUUGCAUAAAUAGAAUAUCGUUGUGUUUCUCAUAAACUCUAGGAUGUGGAGAAAAAUGGUCGGAUUUGAUGAUUUGGAUUAAACUGGUUGGUACUAUAGUUUUCUAUGUGAAUAGAAUAGUCCAACUCUCUUUUGUUGUAGACUUGGUUUUAUGUAUGUUUUUGUUGGAUAGUCAUAUUUGGAAUGGUUAUGACGCAUUAUAUCUAUUUCUGUGUUUGUUCC